UGGCGGCCAGUGAUUGGCUGUCGCAGUGUUUGCAUCACUGUCUCCGCCAAUGAACGCAUUCCACGACUCACUCGCUAUCAGUCGGCGUUUAAUAGCGUUUGAAAACCACUUUUACUUUUGGUUUUGAUUUUUAUAAAAUUACAAUUAAUUUAGUUUUAAUUCAUUGAAUGCUUUAUAUUUAGCGGCGAUUUUUUGGGCCACAAAACAAUCACUCAAUCACUGCGUUAGCGAUGAAUCAAAUGUAUAUAAAUAUGUGUUUAUUUUCAUUAACAAUAUUAUUGUUAUUAAUCGUCAACACUAUGUGUGGACGCGAUUUUUAUGCCAUUUUAGGAGUUUCUAAGUCAGCGAAUGUGAACCAAAUCAAGAAAGCGUACCGAAAGUUAGCCAAAGAACUACAUCCAGACAAGAAUCCCGACGAUCCGAACGCCACGAGUAAGUUUCAAGACUUGGGCGCCGCCUAUGAGGUACUAUCGGAUCCGGAAAAGCGUAAAACAUAUGACAGACACAGAGAGGAGGGCCUGAAGAGCGACUCGUUUGGCGGCUCCGAUCCGUUCUCCAGCUUUUUCGGUGAUUUCGGUUUCUUUGGCGACGGUUUCGGUGGCGGCGGUGGCAGAGGUCGCGAAGAGCGCGAAACACCCAAAGGCGGUGAUGUAGUGAUGGACCUGUGGGUGACGCUCGAGGAGCUGUAUUCGGGCAAUUUUGUGGAAGUGGUGCGCAAUAAGGCUGUGUAUCGGCCGUCUCGCGGCACCAGGAAAUGCAAUUGCCGUCAAGAGAUGGUCACCAGACAGUUAGGCCCCGGAAGGUUCCAAAUGAUGCAGCAACAGGUCUGCGACGACUGUCCGAACAUGGAGUUAACCAAUGAGGAGAAGUUACUGGAGGUCGAAGUGGAGGCCGGUAUGAAAGACGGACAGACGCAGACAUUUGUGGCCGAAGGUGAGGCGCACAUCGAUGGAGAACCCGGUGAUCUGAAGGUGAGAAUCCGAACGCAACCUCACCAUACGUUUGAGAGGAGAGGCGACGACCUGUACGUGAAUGUGACCAUUUCGUUGACCGACGCGUUGGUGGGCUUUGCGAUGACAAUACCUCAUUUGGACGGCCAUAAGGUGCAGGUGAGCCGCGAUAAGAUCACUUGGCCCGGCGCUAGGCUUAGGAAAGCCGGUGAAGGGAUGCCUAACUACGAGAACAACAACCUUCGCGGCACUCUUUACAUCACUUUCGACGUGGAGUUCCCUAAAGGAGAGCUCAAUGAAGACCACAAAAAGGAAAUUAAAGACAUUCUCAAUGAAAGCUCCAAAACUAAAGCCUACAACGGCUUAAGAGGCUAUUAAUAUAUAGGACUUAAUUUAUUUUCAAUUUAGUUUUCAAUUAAUAAAAUAAGUAUUUAAUACCAAACACUAUACUCUCAUUGUAUCGAAACA